GUUCUCGUAGAGGACAAGGAGCUAUUGGCUGGAGAGCCACUUUUGAAAAUGGUAAUUGGGUACAAACAAAUGGUGAUUUCUGGAGACCGGGAAUCCCAGAAUCAUUUAGAAUUGAUAUUAAUGGAAGAAAAGUUAGUAAAGUACGAACCAGAAAUAGUUUUCACAUCUGGGGAGAAGGCCAUAGUCAAAUUGAAUUUUAUUAUACUAAUGGCGAAGUUGAUAAAGUUGAAUUCCCUGGAAAUCAGGGAACUAGAGAUUAUGAACACUAUAUAAACGGUAGACCUAUAGGAUAUAUAAAGCUUCGAGCUUGGAGCGGAGCUGACUGGAUGGAAUUAGGUUGUCAUAAAAAUUAUGGUGAUGGUGGAGGAGGUACAGGACCUCCAAUGCCACCUGUCCCAACACCUACUCCCACUCCUACUCCUGCGCCUAGCAAUGGAUGUAGUUGUGAUAAAAUUCAAGCUAUGAUAACUACAUUAGAAGGAAAUUUAAAGAGAUUUUAUUCUGAUCAAGCUAAUCCUACAAGUUCUAAAUGCUAUGAAUGGCCUGUAGUAGAUAAUAAAGAUCUAUAUUGGGCUAAAAAUGCCAUGGAAGAAGGAUUAAGAAAUCUUAUUACAGGAAUAGUAAGUACAGCGCUAAGACCUGUGACAUUAGCUUUAACAGCUAUAACAAAUCUAAUAACUGCACAAGAUGCAAAGCUAAAUCAGAUUAUUGGAUAUUGGGAUACUUACUGGAAACAAGAAAGACCAGAAAAAGACCCAUUCUCAGAAAAGAAUUUUGGUUUAAAACCAGAAACAAAUACGCCAUGGCCCUGGUAUCCUCCGGGAAGUACUCCAGGACCAACACCCGAUAAUAAAUUUGAAAUGGCAACUGCUAGAAUAGAAAAACUAUGCAAAGAUAUAUUAUCACUCCUUGAAGGAGGAGAAGAUGGUAGUGGUAAAAAUAGAGAACAGAAAGACUCUCUAUUUGCUAAAAUCAAUGAAUUAAUUAACAAGAUAAACGGUAUGCCUGAUUUAUCUUUGUUAGCUAAAACUUCAGAUGUUACUACUGCUGAAACAAAUAUAAAAAAUGAGAUAAAAAAGAUAAAACCUUUAUCUUCUACUGAUACAGAAACAGCUGUGAAAAAUGCACUUACAAAUUAUAAAGUAAGUACUCUGACUAAAGAUGAUCUUCCUUCAGGAGGAAAUUCUGAAGAAGAUAUUAAGAAAUGGGUAAAAGCAGCUAUUGAAGAAGCUAAAUGCCAGUGUUCUGAUGAAUUUACUGCAUUAACAACCCUUAUUAAUGGAUUACCAGCUAGAAUUACUCCAGGAAGUGGAAGUGGUAAUACUAAAACACCUAUUAAUAUGCAACCAAGGUUAGGACCCUUUGAAAUAAUAGGAAAAUAUGAACAGCUAAAAAUGGCUAAUACACAGGAAGCUGAAUCAAGUGAUUCUGAAACUGAGUAUGAUGCUAUGGAAGAAGUAGAAGAAAUUGAUCCUUAUGAAAGGAUUAACCCAGAUAGAGAACCUAAAGAUGAAGAAGAUGCUGAUACAACCCCUAGCGAAGCAGGACCAUCAGCAAUUCCAUAUCAAGGAUAUACUGGAGUAACAACUCGAGGAAUGGCAAGAAGAAGAGCAGCAAUACCUCCAGAUGGAGUAGUAAGUAAUUGGUGGAAUAGCGAAAGAGGUAAAAGAAUAAGGGAACAAAUAAGAACCGAAGCAGGUGGGAGUGCACCCACUACUGCCUAUACAGCAGAAAAUGCUCAAAAAUAUAUUGAUUUGCUCACAAGAGCACUUGCUAAUGAAUUCCUUGGUGUCGAUGACACAAAAAUUACCAACUGAUGCUGAGAAAAAGGCCUAUGAAGAUAGUUUUUGGAAUAAAUUAUCACCUGUAUG